GGCAAGUGUUUCUAUUCGAUGAUUCGCGGUGCGUUCCCAGGCAAAGGCAGGGAAAGCCGCAGGCGGUUUCUCUUCAGUUGAGCUUCUACUUCCUCUGGAUUUUUUAGACUUUAUAUUAGCAUGGAUCUGUGGGCUCGGGCAGGCAUGGUUGGCGCUCUGUCUUGUUACGUGCACCGCAAGAAGAGCGUCCUGGCCGAGGCUGGAAAGAGCAACGGAGAGAACGGCAGCAACCGCGGCCGGCCAGAGCUGAAAUUGGUGCAAGUUCUCUUUCGGCACGGGGCUCGUACGCCCCUCCGGCCAAUCCCGGGCGUCGAGCAGGUAGAGUGGAAUCCUACUCUUCUGGAGAUCCCUGCUCAAACAAAGUUUCCCUACAUAGUAACUAAUCUCACUGGUGGACCAAGACCAUUUUCUCCUUAUGAAGAAAAUUACAAAAAAACAGUGCUGAAGGGAGGUGUAAUUGUGGGACAGUUGACAAAAGUUGGCAUGCAGCAAAUGUUUGCCCUGGGGGAACGGCUAAGGAAAUGUUACAUUGAGGAGACUAAUUUCCUGUCAUCAUCCUACAAACCUUCUGAGGUCUUAGUCCGCUCCACUAAUAUUGAUCGGAAUCUGGAGUCCGCACGAUGUUUGUUAGCUGGGCUGUUCCAACAACAGAAAGCAGGAGCUGUUACCAUUGUCACAGAUGAUGCAGAAUCUGAAAUCCUUUAUCCCAAUCCAGGGAAUUGCCAACAACUUAAACGUAUGUAUAGAGAUGGAUGGGCUAGUGUGAAUUUGCACCAAGGCAUCUUAGAAGAUCUGGAAAACAUUAAAGACAAGUUGGGCAUUAGUAAUGAGCAAAAAGUAGACUUCCUUCUCUUCCUUGACAACAUUUUUGCAGAACAGGCACAUGACCUACCAAGUCUCCCUGUUUUGAAGAAUUUUAUGCAACUAAUUGAGCAGAGAGCUGUUGACUCAUUCUUUUAUAUUACAAAAAACAAUUCAAGGCAGAUUCUUCAGAUGUCUGUUGGUCCUCUCCUGAAUGCCAUAGAGGACAAUAUUAAGAAGGCAAUAGAGCCUCCCACUUCUGAUAUUAAGACCAGGAAGCUCAUCCUCUAUGCUGUUCAUGAUGUUACACUCCUCCCAUUGCUGAUAGCAAUGGGGGUCUUCAAUUCAAAGUGGCCUCCAUAUGCAGCAGAUGUGACUCUGGAACUCUAUCAGUAUUCCAAGGAUUGGUUUAUACGACUGAUCUAUAAUGGAGAGGAGCUGAUUCCAAGAGGAUGUAAAGAUGGCUUGUGUCCACUAGAAGACUUUUUAAAUGCUCUUUCAGUAUAUAGCACAAAGCCACUGGUGUAUAAAAUGAUUUGUUCCCAAACAGAAGAGGCAGUUUUGCAACACAAUUGAUCAGGAAAGCACAUUACUUUUUCUAUAUAUUGUAAAAGUAAUGUAUUAAUCACUGUUAUAAUUUAGUUGCUGAAACAGCAAGAAAAGGCUUGUUAUUUAUAGAACUAGGAAAAAAAGAAAUGAGAGUUUUUCUUCAAAGAAAACAAAAAAGAUAUAACAUUAUAAAAUGUAUUGGAUACAGCCAAAGCAUACUUUA